CAAAAACAAAGAUUCCGAAUGCUCGGAAGCAUUUUCAAGGUUUUGGCGCCCAACUGGCCGUCUGAAGCUUGCCUCCUCGCAUCCAUCACAAACACCUCAUAAAGAAAGGUAGAUAACAAAAGACAGAUAACAGAGGACACCGCCAACAAACCAUCAUUGGCCAGCUAGCUAUUAUCGCUAUCAUACAUAGUCAUCACCAUGCCGGUCACGUAUCUAGAGAUUGAGAACUUCAAGAGCUACGCUGGUAAGCAGACGAUCGGUCCCUUUCGUGAUUUUUCGUCCAUCAUUGGUCCCAAUGGCAGCGGCAAGAGCAACUUGAUGGACGCCAUUUCCUUUGUGUUGGGUGUUCAGUCUCGAGAUUUGCGCUCGAGUCAAAUGAAGGAUCUCAUCUUUCGUCCUCCGGGAACGCGCCGCCAGACACUGAAAGCGUGUGUCACGCUGUUUUUCCAAGACGACGACGACGAAAUGACAUUUGCCCGCGCCAUUUCACCGCAGGGCCACGGCGAGUAUAUUGUCAAUGGCAAGACGAUGCCGUUCAAAGAGUACGAAGCCAAGCUAGCCGACAUUGGUGUCUUGGUCAAAGCCCGCAAUUUUUUGGUAUUCCAGGGAGAUGUGGAAUCCAUUGCGCGGAAAUCUCCCAAGGAUUUUGUGGCAUUGCUCGAGCAGAUUUCCACCAGUGUCGAAUUGGCCGGAGAUUACGAUGACGCCCACAAAGCCAAGGAAGAAGCGGAAGCGGCCGUGUUGGAAGAAUACAAUCGACAAAAAGGAUUCAAAUCAGAGCGACGCCUCCUCAAGGAGCAAAAGGAAGAAGCCGAACGCUUCCAGGAACUACUCGCACAAAAAGCAAAACUCCAGACGGAUCUCUAUUUAUGGCAACUCUACCACAUUGACAAUGAUAUCCGAGAACAAGAAGACACGCUGGCGGAAUUGCGAAAAGAAUUGGAAGAAAAGAAACAAGACGAAGAAGAAUACUCCAAAGCACUCCGCGCCGCCAAGAAAAAGGCCAGUGAGGCUCGUCGUCACACGGGAGAAAUUGACAAGAACCGAGUCAAUGCGGCGUCCCAUGUCGACACUCUAGAACCGCUCGUCAUUACCUGCACGGAAGAAAUCAAAAGCCUCCAAAAGAAAAUAUCCACGGCCGAAAAAUCAUUGGCCAAAAAGAAAAAGGAAGCCAACGAACACAAGUACACGCUCGAACAAAUUGAAACCAACGUUGACGAGCACAAGGAACAACUGAAACAACUCGAAACGGAUUACGAGGAAAUCAAGCGCGAUGCCGUGGGAAAUCAAGUCACAUUGACCGAAGAACAGGAAGAAGAGUUGGUUCGGGUCCGACAAGCUGCUGCGGCAGCUACUGUCAAUCCACGACGCAAGUUGGGCGGAUUGACACGAAAACUUAACCACGCCCGAUCCAAGGCACAAACCCAAAAACAAGAAUACGAUGACGCCAAAAAAUCCUUGGUCGAGACGGAACAGGCUGUCACAGGACACACGGAACGCACAGAGAAAUUGAAGAGUAGCAUGGAAAGCACCAAAGUGGAAGUGGAGCAGAUUGAAAAGGAACUCUUGGAGGCUCAACAAGCCAUGCAACAAACACAGGAGCGACGGGAGGAACUCGACCAAGAGCUGGAAAAGAUCAACCGCACUCUUCGCGACGCAAAGGAUUCUCGUCGCAAGUCCAAGGAUGAAGAGCGGAUUGCACAGGCCAUUGCGGCGCUCAAGCGGAACUUCCCCGGCGUCAUGGGCCGUUUGGUGGAUCUUUGUCGGCCCACCCAGGCACGCUUCAAUCUGGCCAUUACCGUCGCAGCAGGAAAGGAUAUGGAAGCCAUUGUCGUGGAUACCAAAGAAACGGGACACGAGUGCAUCCGACAUUUGCGAGAGCAGCGCAUUGGAACGGCCACCUUUUUGCCAUUGGACAGUCUCCAAGUGACUUCAGUCGAGAGCCAAGAGCGAGCUCGUGCCUUGGUGGCCAAGGACAAUCGAUACCGGCUGGCAGCGGAUUGUAUCACUGCGGAUGAGGUUUUGAAACCUGCUGUAUUGUAUGCUGUCGGGAACACGGUUGUCUGCGAUGAUUUGGAUUGUGCUCGAGAACUAUGCUUUGGAAGCCGCCAAGGCGGCGGCGGCGGCCAAGCCAAAAUCAAGGCAGUCACUCUGGGAGGUGCCGUCAUUAGCAAGGCCGGUACCAUGACGGGAGGAGUCACGCGGGAUGACAGCAACAAAGCUGGACGAUGGGGAGCCGCCGAGAUUGAAAAGAUGCGGGAGAAGAAGGAAGUAUUGGAGACCGAGCGCUCGGAACUGGAGAGUUCUGCUGGAGACCGCCGAACCCGAAGGGGCCCUGGAGGCCAUUCGUCUCGAAUUGAAGAGCUGAAGAACAACCUUUUCACUCUCAAGAGCAGAAGCGACUACGCCAAGCGUGACCUGGCAUACACAAACAGUCAGCUGCGGGAGAAGCAGAACCAGGUCAAAACACUUCGUCGUCAAGUCACGAAGCUCGAGGGUGACAUGGAAACCGUGGAGAGCGAAAUCACGGAUCUCCAGGAAAAGGUCGAAACCGCUCGGGAAGAGGUCAAAAACGCCGAGGAAGAGCAUCUGCGCCCUUUCCGCGAGAAGACCGGGCUCAAGGAUUUGGGCGCCUACGAAGACGCGGUCGGUGAGCGACGCAAGGACUUCAACGAGCAGCGAAACAAGCUUCUGGAACACAUUGCCCAGCUCGAGCAGAAGAAGGACUACGAGACCAAACGAGACCUCAAGAAGCCUGUGACCCAGUUGGAGAAGAGAAUCCAAGACAACAAGGCGAAGCUCAAGAAGAGUAAGGAGAAGGAAAAGGAGUUGGCGGGACAGGUAGACGAAGCGAAGGAAGCUUUGGCGGGAGCCGAGGAUGCUGUCAAAGAAGCUGCAGAAAAGGAGGAAGAGUGUGAUGAAGAGGUCCAAGUGGCCCAGACAGACUACAACGAGGCCCAGGGAGAGCGAAACAAGGCCAAGAAGGCCGUGAACGCUGGCGAGGCUGCCGUCGAGCGCCUUCGGGGUACGCUGCAUGAAACACUACAGAAGGCUCGCGUCGAAGAAGUCGAGUUGCCAAUGCUUGAUGAAGGUAGCGAUGACGAGGAAGGCGUGUCGUCGUCACAGGUAUCCAGCAGUCAGAUGCAGACCCAGGAUAGCAGCUCUGGUGGUGGAGGCUUUUCUCAAAGCACCUCUCGAGUGGUGGUUCGCGAUCGUCGCGCGGCAUCCAAAGUAGAUUACUCCAAGUUGGACGAACCGCUGAAGCAGCGACCAUCCGACCGAGAGGAAAAGCGCAUGAAGAAGGACUUCGAGGACCAAAUCAACAAACUGGCUUCUGACAUCGAGGCCACGAAUCCGAAUAUGAAGGCCGCGGAUGCGUUCGACGCUGUCUCUCAGCGACUCAAAAGCACAAACACGGACUAUUCAAAAGCCCAGGAGGCGCAACGCAAGGCCGCUUCUGCUUUUCAAAAGAUCAAGUCUCGCCGUGCGAAACUCUUCAACGAUUGCUUCAACCACAUUGACGAGUCUCUCAAGACUAUCUAUCGGGACAUGACCAAGUCUUCGAAACAUCCUUUGGGAGGUGAAGCUUACCUGAGCUUGGACGACACGGAAGAACCUUAUAAGGGAGGCAUGAAGUUCAACGCUAUGCCACCCAUGAAGCGCUUCCGUGACAUGGAGCAGCUGAGUGGUGGCGAGAAGACAGUGGCGGCUUUGUCUCUGUUGUUUGCCAUUCACUCUUAUCAUCCGGCUCCUUUCUUUGUCAUGGAUGAAGUGGAUGCAGCUCUGGAUAAUAUCAAUUUGCGAAAAGUAUGCAACUACAUCAGCCAUCGGAGCAAGACAGACUUUCAGUGCAUUGUGAUCAGCCUCAAAGAUAUGUUUUACGAACGGAGCGAAAGUUUGAUUGGGGUUUGCCGUGAUGUCGGAACUAGCUCGAGCCGCACGCUGACCCUUGAUUUGACAACGUUUGACAAGAAGGAAGCCAAGAAAAAGGGAAAGCGCGGCGGCAAGAAGCAACAGUCUGUGGAAACUGAAGAAGAGAAAACACCAGGCCGGAAACGCAAGACGCGUCUUAGCCAAGCCGCCGAAGAAGAGGAAGACGAGCAAUCGAAAGCCUCUGAGGCUCCCAAGCAAAAGAAGACACGUCGCAGCAAAGCCACCGAACAAGAGGAGGGCGACGAGCACUCGAAAGCAUCUAAGCGCAAGACUCGCCGAAGCAAAGCAGCCGACAACGAGGUGGAAGAUCAAGACGACGAAGACGCCACCAAAGCAGAGGCGUCUCCUUCACCGAAGCGACGCAAGACUCGCCGCAAGACGGCUGCCGACAAGUCACAAGACGAGGAUGGCGACGAUGCCUCUACCAAAGAUGGCGACGAGGAAUCCACAAAGGGAGGGGACGAGACUCCAUCGCCACAAAAGAAGACUCGCCGGACUCCAGAGAGCGCUUCGACGAGGGGGGACGACAAGGACGACGACGAAACCACAGCCGAACAGGCAUCCCCAUCGUCCGAAGCCAAGACGAUGACGACGAAACAAACGUAGAGGAGUAAAAGUGAGGUGUUCACGCUUCGAAGAUUCAGGGCAGCACAACGCUUCAUGAGCAACACUUCAUUCUUGUGGAAUCAUUGUCUGUGUUUCGAUCUUCUAGCCAGCUCGGUUGACCCCGGGAUAACCUAUCCAAAUGAAGAACAAACCUCCUGGGGAGUUUGCAAUUGUGUCUCGGAUCUUUCACGUACUGGUAGCUCGGAGAGUAAAGCCUAAAGGGGAGCAGCAUACAUGUAAUAACGAUAUAGAACGGAAUGGCUAACUG